UCCACAUGUAUUUAAACAGUAUUUAUGUUUACAAAACACUUAAUGUUUGAGUGAUUUGGCACUCAUUUGUUGAUAUUAUUAUCAAUUAAUUUGUUGGAUCAGUUCAUAUCCAUCAAUCAAUUAACAGGUGAUAACAACAUAACAACAAUCAUGACAUCGAUGUUAGAGUCAGUGUAUGGCAUACCCUAUGCUCUGCUAUCGGUUCCCAAUCUGAAACUAAAGAAGCCGUCGUGGAUCAAACAGCCGUCACCGAUGGUUGUCUAUUCGUUUGUUUUGGUUUCAUAUUUUCUGGUCUGCGGCGGCAUUAUCUAUGAUGUUAUUGUCGAACCGCCGUCCAUCGGAUCAACAGUCGAUGAAUCGGGUCAUUCACGGCCCGUGGCAUUCAUGCCAUACCGGGUAAACGGUCAGUACAUUAUGGAAGGACUGGCCUCAAGUCUGUUGUUCACAAUGGGUGGUCUCGGGUUUGUCAUAUUAGACAAUACACACAAUCCGAUUACACCGAAACUGAACCGUAUUUUAUUGAUAUCGAUUGGAUUCAUAUUAAUCAUUGUCUCGUUUCUGACCACUUGGGUCUUCAUGAGGAUGAAGUUGCCUGGAUAUUUGCUUUAAAAUUAUCGAUAUUUUUUUAAUUAAAAUUUUUUUUUGUUGGUCGGCGAUAG